UUGAGCGAAGCAGAGGCGGAAGUCGCACUAACGGUUUACGGAUUACGAAAGGAUUACGCGACCAAAGGAUACGCAAUGAGGCAGCUGCUGGUCUACGCGAUAAUUACGUCGGCCUUGUUUUACUUUUCCGAAGGCAAACCCUGCCCCGAAAAGACACGACCUCACAAGACGCGCUGUGAUGCCUUCUACAAGUGCCGGGAGCUGCCCUCCAGUUCCCACGUUUGGGUUCCAGUCCGCUGCAACGAGGGUCUUGUCUACGAGUCCAGCCUCGGUAGCUGCGUUCUGCCUGGCGAGGAUUGGGAGUGCAUUACGCCCAGCGAGAUGAGCUCCACGCAGUCGCCAUCGAAGCCGGAUGCGGACAUACUAAUAGUCAACGACUUGGAUGAGGCGGGUCUGCUGCUGAGCGAUUCCUCUCACAAGGAUGAUGGCACGGUUGAGAUUGUUUUGGACUCCACUCUAAGCAGUGAGGAGGAGGAGCCGGUGGGAAAGAGCAAGCUCCAUGCGGAGGAGGAUCCCUCCUCUAGUCACCACUUUGACUCUAGUGGCGACGGCGAGCUGGUGGAACUUGAUUCACCACCUCCGGCAUCAUCACCGACUCCCCUGAAGCCCGAGAACCGUGAGGAGGAGGAGGAAACUUUGCCCAGCUUGGAGCACAGAAGCGAAGUGGAGAAGCUGAAGGCAGAGCUCAAGCAGGCGGCCGGAGUUAGUGAAUUGUCCAAGCCGGGAUCACCCAUUGAUCCCAACCUGACGGCUCACUUGCAGAGACUGUCCCAGUUGAUCGAUGGACUGCAGCAGACGUACCAGAAGACCGAGAAACCCCAAGCGGAGAUGCGUCCAGACCAGUUGAACGCCUUUCUGGCUCACUUUGACAUCAAGAAUCGCUACGAGAUGAUGAAUCCCCUGGAGCAGAGUACUCCCAGCACCACCAGCAGCACCACAGAGGCGCCGGUGACCACUCCAAAGUUGCCAGAGCCGCACUCGAACAAGACUCGCCUUCAGGAGCACUUGAGUCACCACCGUCUGGAGCCAGAGACAAAGCUGAUGUUGACCAACGCCCUGCCCUAUUCUGCUCACGGUUCCAAUGGCCAGGGCUAUGCGAACUCACAAAUAGUGGUUAAUCGUCCCGAGGGUUCCGUGAUGUUUGCCCUGCCCCCCAAUUACGGGAUGAGCCAGGAGCAGGGUGCCUAUGCCAACCAUCAUCCCGCCCAGAGUCACGAGUACAGCGACCACGAGCCCAAGAUAUCCGAGGACACGCUGAAGACCGUUCUGGAGCUGUCCAAGCAGAUGAUAGCUGCCCAAAAUCUGCCCAAGGUGCUGCCCAAUCCCGGCUACAAUGGCUAUUACCAGCCCAUCCUGCAGCCGGUAUUCAUGUCGCCGCAGGGCAAUCCCUUCCAGCAGUACUAUGGCAUGCCGGCUCCCCUGAGUGGCCACUACAUGCAGCACAAGAAGCACUCCUCGUCCGGCAGUUCCUCCAACAGUGGUGGUUACAACAAACCCAGCACAACGAUAAUACACAACAACGUGAUCCCCGUGCACCUGUCCAGCACGAGUUCCGGCGAAAAGGAGGUGUUGGACACGUACGGCAACAGCCUAGGUGUGUACCCCAGCAUGGACAAGCAUCAGUCCAGUUCGAGUGGAAUGGAGUACAUGACCACGGCCAGGCCGGUUUCGAUGACAACGAUGGCGAGUACCUACGCCUCCUACGGCUCCCAGUCUCCGUUUGCCAAUGACUACACACUGACCACUCCGCGACCCUUCGAGCACCAGCCAUCGGCCGCCACGGUGGCCACCUACUACACGCCGAGUCCGCAUCUGGGCGAGCACAAUGCCAACAGGGUGUACCAGCCCACCGAGAGCUAUCCCUCCUCGAUGAACAUGCCCAGGCCGAUGGAUAUGUUCCCCGGACAAAUCGAGGCGGACAGGGUGGCCAUUCGACCCAAUUCGCAGAAAAUCGAAAGCAUGGAGAUGAUGGGCGAUGACGACUUGAUUAAGGCCAGCUACCAGAGCGCUUCAUCUUCGGGAGCUGGCGGCGGCGGGAAUGGGAACACUCUUCCUCACGUACUGACCUACAGCAGCGACAUGAGCCAGCAAUUAGCACCUGGCAGCGGGUAUCUCGAGCAGAGCUACAGCCACCAUAAACACCCGCAGCACCCGUAUAUGCCCAGGCCCACGAUGGGCAGCAGCAUCUACAGCGAUGCGGAGGGCAACAUGGAGAUGAGCAUGUUCACCAGCAGUCCGAAUCUCAAUCCAUUUACGGCGGAGAAGAUAAAGUAUCCGGGAGGCGGUUCCUCCUCGCCCAACGGCCAGCUGGUGAACUUUAAUGGGAACUUUAUCAGCCUCGAUGUCUUCCAGAAGUCCAUACUCCCGCUGAUGACCAAGACCUCCUCUGGGCUGAGUGAUCUGGGCAAUGUGGAGGUCAUCACCUGCCAGCCGGGGGUAAGGCAGCCGAAUCAGACCGACUGCACCCGGUACUUUGUGUGCAGCAAGAAGGAUGGCAAGGUUCUGUCCUACUCCUGCCCUCCCUACACCGGCUUCAACAAGCAGACGAGGAUCUGCGAUGCCCCCACCUAUGCUCAGUGUGGCAAUGUGAUGCCUGCCUUCAGUGGCUACACCAUAGACACCAAUAGGCGGCUCCAGAUGGAGACCAUCAAGAUGCUAAACGAGGCGAAGAGAAGGCAGGAGGCCGCUUUGAAGGCCCAGAGCAUAGCCAAUCUCCUCCAGCAAUAUGGGAGUAGCAGCAGCAGCAACAUCCAGCAGCAGCAGAAUGACAGGCCUGGCAUCUCCUCCAACAUAGAGAGCGAUCCCAUGGACUCGUAUGUGGUGAAUCUGCCGGAUAUCCAGCUAGCCACCACCACCAGCAGGCCCACCAUUAUCCAGGCCAAUAUUGGAAGUGGGUUCGGGGGUAAUAUCGGGAGUAGCUCCUCCUCCGCGUCCUCUUCGACGCCGGCCAAGAAGCGAAAAUACUACUGCAAGGAGGGCGACAAGAUCCCGGACCAGACCUCCAUCUCCAGCUACUUUGUGUGCUACAAGAAUGCUCAGGGCCAGAUGAAGGGCCACAAGAUGAGCUGCUCCAAGGGCCUGCUCUUCUGCCCCAAGACCCUGCUCUGCACACUCGCCACCAAGUGCACCGACUAAUCACCUGGAAUCUGGAGAAUAUUGUUGAGAAUUUUUCCACAAUUGCCACCUAAAUUUAAGUUAUUUAUUCUAAUUUUAGUUUGCGACCAAAACGAGACCCAUUAAACUUUGGAAC